AUGUCCUCCCUCCAAACAACUCUCAUGAGAGACCCACAUCCAGAGCCCUCUAGAAUAUCUUGCGAAACACUACCAUCACCUCCGCCUAGCGUCGUACCAACAUCUGGCAGGAGAUCUCGACACCGGGACCAUGUUGUGGGCUCCCACUCCCGUUCUCAAUCGCGAGCGAGGUCGCAGUCUCGCGCACGCUCUCGACGUUCGGAAUCGCUUAUUAUACGACAAGAUAGACGGACGGAAGGUCACAGCGUUGAAUUGCACGGCGAAGGAGACGACGGGGCUUCAAAAGCCGAGGGGAAGAGGAGAUCCGAGUCGUUGAAAAGAACGCGAGAAAAACCCACUGAAAACGGCAUUACCUCGCCCAUUUCUAAUCCUUCGCCCUACCUUUUGGUCGUGCAGAAGAUCCGACGCUUCAGCCCCGUGAUGGUGCUCGAGAACUCCGGGAGCGUCGCACGCGACCACCUUGCCUCCGAACGCACCUUCCUCGCCUACGUACGCACUUCCCUCGCGUUAUCUUCAGCAGGUGUAGCUCUCGUCCAGCUCUUUACCAUCGCAGACCUCACUUCACGUGGGUCGAGCACCCCUCUCAGCACUGCGAGCCGGAGGGUGCAGCGGUUCGCGAGGCCGUUGGGCGUCGCGACGAUUUUGCUGGCUCUGAUCACGUUGGUUAUCGGUGUGUAUAGGUAUUUCCUCGUGCAGUACGCGCUGCCAGAGAAACAGUUCCCCGUGGCGCGUUUGUCAGCGGUUUUUAUCUCGUUCGUUCUUGGCGCGCUAGUUGUUGUUAUCUUCGGUGCCUUAUUGGAUGGGAUGGGCGGCUAA